ACUUUUUAUUAUUGAUUCAUGAUUAUUUCUUUAUAACUUCUCUUUAUGUUUGAAAUUAUCUAGUGAUAAUUUGUUUUUAGUAUAUUUGUACCAGAAAAUAGUAAUAUUGAAUAAAAUAAAUAUUAUUACCAUUGUUUUUAUAAUAAAUAUUUUUUCCUUGAACUUGUUCGUCUUUUAUUAAAAAUAAUGAAUAACAGAAAUAUCAUGUUCAACAACGAAUUUUCAGUUUAUUUGUCAGUCUUAUUCACCUUACUGAUAAAUUCUGUAAUAUUUAUCAAUGGUAGUCCAGUCGAAGUGAAUUGCAUUAAUCCAGAAAAUAAUGUAAAGAAUUUAGAUACAGCACUUGUAAGAACUUUAGGACUGAACGACAAAGAAAAUUGUCCUGUUUGUCUAACUUCUACACCUAGUGUGACACUUAUUCCUUGUUGUCAUAGUUAUUGUAAUAAAUGUUCUCAAAUUUUAAGUGGAAAUGAUGAGCUAUGUCCUUUAUGUAGAACCAGAAUUAUAACGUUUGAUGGAAUAAAAAGAACACCUGGUUUAAAUGAUAAAGAAAACUGUCCAUAUUGUGGUAAUGAAAAACCCAGUGUGACAGCUAUGCCUUGUACUCACAGUUUUUGUCAAGUUUGUAUAAACAUUUUCAAAAGAAUUAACACGAAGGCGCCAUGUCCUGUUUGUCAAAAGAAAAUCGAAUAUUAUGAAGGAUUUAACCCAGAGUACAAAUCGCCAAAACCAGUUUCGAUAGAAUUGCUUACAGAAAUAGCAGAAGAAGAUUUUUUGGAACAAGAGCAAAAUAUUGAGCACAAUUAUUUAUUCAACUUGGAUGAAAACAUAGAAAAUUUGGAUGAGGAAGUUUUGUCAUCUGUAAAUAAUUUUUGCAAAAUAUGUCAAAUUAAUAAAAACAAUAAGUCGUUUUUACCUUGUAAUCACAAUGCAUGUGAUUCAUGUUCAGAAGACAUUAAACGCUUGGGAAUGGUAUGCCCAUUUUGUGAAGAAAAUGUCAUUCAAAUUUUGGAUUUAACUAAUUGGGAACAUUAAUGUGAACAUCAAAUCAACUACAACGUAUUUAAAAAUAAAAAUAAAUUGUAAUAAUUAAAUUAUUUAAUGGAUAAUUAAAAAUAAAAAUAUUUAUUAUUAAUUACAUAUUAACACAUACAUAUUUUUUAUGCGCUGUUGUUGUAUAAUUUAUUAUUUCAUAUUUAAGUUGUUCUUACUAUACUGAACUUUCUGUUCAGUAAAUUUCUUUUAGAAUAUGUAUGGUUAGUGAUUUAAAUGUAAAAUAUUUCAUAAAAUUGUGAAGUAUUAAUUUUGUUUUGCAGCAUUAAAUUAUGUUUUAUAAAUGUCAACUUUAGGAGAGGAUGAAACAUGUUGAUAUCCUUAAGAUUUAACUAAAUUUCUUAUAGAAAGUAUUCACCAUAAAACCUGUAAUUUCGUAAAAAUACUACUUGAUAUAUUAAGAAUAAUUGGUAAAAACUCAUUGAUUAAUAUUAAUUAUUUUAUAUAACGGA